UAACCAAAUUAUACUCAGCUGACAUAAUAAAAAAAGGCAAAAAAAUGCAUAGUUUCUGCAGUUUUCCAAAUUAUAAAUUUUGUCUGAGCCAUUCUGUUGACUAUAGUUUCAUACCACUUGUGUUUUCCUUGGUGGAGUUUAUGUCUUCUUGCUAUUUCCCCUUCACUUGCCAAAAAAAGAUGGAGUUCAACACCCCAAUCUAUAAGAAAUCUGAGAUAAGGUGGAGCUCAGAUGAUCAAGGUGGCCCUGGACAAGUGAAAUCUUUUUCUUGUUCCUUCUGCAAGAGAGGAUUCUCUAAUGCACAAGCCCUAGGUGGCCACAUGAAUAUCCACAGAAGAGAUAGGGCAAAGCUCAAGCAAUCUUCUGAAGAAAGCUUGCUUUCGUUGGACAUCUCAAUCAAGACCUCAAGUGAUCACAGAAAUGACCCUUCUGAUUUGGAAGAGAAAAUUUUCUUUCGGUUGGGUUCUGGAGAAGAUCAGAAGCAUGCUAGAAAUCGAAAAAUGCCAUUCAAUUUCCCUCACAAAAGUGAUCAUGAUUAUGCAUCAGAAAGGGCCAUGUUCAUUGGUUCAGCAGAAAUUCCUCAUCAUCUUCCUUCUUUUGUUUUGGGGCAGCGAAUUGAAGAGAAGACAGCUGAUUUAGACCUUGAACUUAGGUUAGGCCUUCAUCCCCAGGAGACAGCAACAUUGAGCACUAGAUCGUUCUUUUGAAGUAGCGUUCCAAGUGUGGAAGAUCAGUGAAAAGUUGCUUUUAUCUCAUACCUAGCUCUUCUUCCCACUUAUAAGGUAAUUAAUUACGUUUAAGAAUUUAAUUUUGAUACAGUAUGGAUAUUGUUUUCACUCACAGUACUGCAUCAAAAUUAAAUUCUCUCUCUCUCUCUCUCUCUCUCUCUCUCUCUCUAUAUAUAUAUAUAU